AUGGCGGCUGCGCAAGCGUGGCCAGUCAGCAGCCUGGAUCGGCGGCGGCAGCAACAGGAGGCGGUCUCGCGAGAGUCUCGGCCACGCCCCUUUCUACUGAGCUCUUGGAAGGGAGGCUGCACCAACCGGGAGCAGAGGGCCACGCAGCUGGGGCGGGCGCCGCUGCUUCCUGCCGGCGGCGGCGCGGGCGCCGUGGUGAGAAACGUGCUGUACCCCCUGUACCAGCUGGGCGGACCCCAGCUCCACGUGUUCCGAACCAACUUCUUCAUCCAGCUGGUCCGGCCCGGUACUGCCCAGCCCGAGGACACGGUGCAGUUCCGGAUCCCCAUGGAGAUGACCAGGACGGACCUCAAGAAUUACCUAGAGCGCAUUUACAGCGUGCCCGUGGCUGCCGUUCGGACACGGGUGCAGCACGGCUCCAACAGGCAGAGGGACUACAGGAACAUGAGGAUCAAGAAGCCCGAUUAUAAGGUGGCCUACGUGCAGCUGGCCCUCGGACAGACAUUCACAUUCCUGGAUCUGUUUCCCGAGAAAGAGCAGGACCUGGUGGCAGAGGAAGGGCUCCAGGAGGCUGUGUCCCAGAAGCGGAGCAGUGACCCGCGGCGUGGCGGUGUCCCCUCCUGGUUCGGCUUGUGA